GUCGGCUAGGUGGUCCGCGAGCGGGUAGGUGCUGAGGAAGCCGCAGCCCUCCCGGCCCGCGCUCCGGCUCUCGGCCCCUCCCGCGCGGCGGGCCGCGUCAUGCCAGCCGCUGCUCGGCGGUAGUGCCCGGGGACGACGCCGCCGCUCGCCUGCCCGAAGCCGCGCCCACUGCCCAGAGCCAGAGGGAUGGUGGUAGUCACGGGGCGGGAGCCAGACAGCCGUCGCCCGGACGGUGCCAUGUCCAGCUCCGACGCCGAAGACGACUUUCUGGAACCGGCCACCCCGACGGCCACGCAGGCGGGGCACGCGCUGCCCCUGCUGCCCCAGGAGUUUCCUGAGGUUGUCCCCCUUAACAUUGGAGGGGCUCACUUCACUACACGCCUGUCUACCUUGCGGCGUUACGAAGAUACCAUGCUGGCAGCCAUGUUCAGCGGGCGCCAUUACAUCCCCACGGACUCUGAAGGCCGGUACUUCAUUGACCGAGAUGGUACACACUUUGGAGACGUGCUGAAUUUCCUACGCUCAGGGGACCUGCCUCCCUGGGAGCGUGUACGGGCUGUUUACAAAGAGGCCCAGUACUAUGCCAUCGGGCCCCUCCUGGAGCAGCUGGAGAACAUGCAGCCACUGAAGGGUGAGAAGGUGCGCCAGGCGUUUCUGGGACUCAUGCCCUAUUACAAAGACCAUUUGGAGCGGAUUGUGGAGAUUGCCCGGCUGCGUGCAGUACAGCGGAAGGCCCGCUUUGCCAAGCUCAAGGUCUGCGUCUUCAAGGAAGAGAUGCCCAUCACCCCCUACGAGUGUCCACUCCUCAACUCCCUGCGCUUCGAGCGGAGCGAGAGUGACGGGCAGCUCUUUGAGCACCACUGUGAAGUGGAUGUGUCUUUCGGGCCCUGGGAGGCUGUGGCUGAUGUUUAUGACCUGUUGCACUGCCUGGACACGGACCUCUCAGCCCAGGGCCUCACCGUGGACUACCAGUGUAUCGGGGUGUGUGACAAGCACCUCGUCAACCACUACUACUGCAAGCGCCCCAUCUAUGAGUUCAAGAUCACAUGGUGGUGAGUAGCCCUGUAGGCAACAGAGGCCUGUCAGGGAGGGUGUCCCGCCCCCUUGGUGAGGCUCUGGGAGUAAGAUCCCUAGAGGGGCUGCUGACUGCCCCAGAGCCUGCUGAGGUGAGGACAGGGUCCUGAGGCACAGCUCCGAGGGGACCGAGGUACAGCUCCUGUCUCCCAGCUGCACCUCAGGGUCAGGCUCAGGGCCUGUGCUCACUUGGCCUUUCCUUGAGGCAUGGCAGUCUUUACUUAAGGCUGAUGGGGUCUAGCCAGAGCUUGACCAGGAAGUCCAGAGUUUUGUCACCUUCUUGACCUUACAAGAGAGUUUCUGCCCAUUCUAGAGCCACAUUACCAAACUGAUGUAGGCGUAAUCCCUUAGCCCUGUUCAAGCACCCUUACCUUGUGUGCAGCAUAUUGAUAUGAACACGGAAUAUGAUGGGGGAUUCUCCUGGGUAGCCACUCCAUAGCCUCUGGCUGAAGAAGGAAGAGUUCUCUCCCAACGCACCCCUCCUCCUCCAAGGAUAGUCCCCCAUAUUCUUAGGAUGUAGAAAGACACCUUUUCCUCCUGGAACAUGUUCUUCACCACCUUUUAUAGAUUUAACCAUAGUUGUUGAAGCCACGUACCAGGUUGGCCUUAGAAAACCACAAUGUUUACAGCCCUGCCUUAGGGCCACAGCUUCUCCUACCUUCGACCAACCUUCCUUGCCUGCAGGGUAUCUUCUCACAGGGCUGGAAUGCAAAUUUCAAAGACUCCUUUUGAAAAUUUCCUAAGUCAGGUGGGCAAUGCCUUCCAUCUUCUGUUACCUUUGAAAUGUAACAUCCUUUUUAGAGGCUCAGAAUACCUCCUUAGCUGCUAUUUCAUGUGUUAGAAUCCAAUUUGUGGUGAAUCUCUUUGGAAGGGGACCCCCUUUUUAAACCGUGUUGCUUUAUCCUGCUAACAUUCUUCUAGGAGAGUAUCUAUCCUGGGAAGGUAAAGGAGGGGCUGGGUGAGAGGUAACAAGAUCACAGAAAACCUCCAUUAUGUUUUUUUUUUUUUUUUUGAAGACAGAGUCUCACUUUGUUGCCCAAGCUAGAGUGAGUGC